AUGGCUACGAAAAGGAUCGUGGUUGCUGGUGGGAGUGGGUUUCUAGGUUCUAGGAUUUGCAAAGCGGCGGUCGCAAGGGGUUGGUCGGUAACUUCAUUAAGUCGUUCGGGCGAGCCGCGAUGGGAGAAUCUAAUCGACUCACCUCGACGUCCGCAGUGGGCAAAUUCUGUCGAGUGGGCAAAAGCCGACAUUGUUAGGCCCGACACCUAUAAGCCAUUCCUGAAAGAUGCGAACGCUGUUGUGCACACAAUGGGUAUACUGCUGGAGGCAGACUACAAGGGAGUGGUUUCAGGACGGGAAUCUAUAAUCAGUGGAUUGCAGAGAGCCUUUGGUCCAUCGAAGCUAGGAAGCCAGGAUCCGCUAAAAAGAAAGGAAGGGGAGCCCUUGAAGCCCCAGGAGAGCGAUGGGCAAUGGACUUAUGAGUUCAUGAACAGAGAUUCAGCUAUUGCAUUGGCACAAGAGACCUCCCGAGAACACGUUCCGACAUUCGUAUACAUAUCCGCUGCUGCGGGAGCGCCUAUCCUUCCCAGCCGAUACAUUUCCACCAAAAGAGAAGCCGAAACCCUCAUUGCCUCAUCACUACCUGAUUUGAGAAGUAUCUUCGUCAGACCAGGCUUUAUGUACGAUUCAAACAGGAAAUUCACGUUGCCAAUCGCGCUGGGAGGGAUCGUGGGUUCGGAACUCAACACUCUCCUGGGUGGUAGACUGGGAUUCUUAGGGACGAUGGCUCAGAAGCCCCUUAAGGUUGACUUGGUCGGUGAAGCAGUGGUUGAGGCAAUUAGUGAUGACGCGAUGAGCGGCGCGCUCAAUAUCCAGAAGAUCGAGGCCCUGGCGACAAGGGCGUGGAGAAAGAGCAUGUUGUGA